AUGACAAAUGGUGGCAUGCAAGGAUCUAUGGAGGGCUACAAUUUGUUGGAGGAGCAUAUGCUAUCCAUGAGUACAACGCAAUUCCCACCUACCACCCUUAGCUACGUACAUCCAAAGUGGAUGGAACCAUACUUUGAUCCAUCAACGCCGCGCAAUGUCACCGCAUUAAUGGGCAAAUCGGCGUAUUUGAGUUGCCGUGUGCGCAAUUUGGGCAACAAAACGGUUUCGUGGAUACGGCAUCGUGACAUACACAUACUUACCGUUGGUGCGUACACAUACACAUCAGACCAGCGCUUCCAGGCGACACAUCACCACGACACUGAUGAUUGGACGUUGCAAAUAAAAUGGGCACAGAAGCGAGAUGCAGGAAUGUAUGAAUGCCAAAUAUCCACCCAACCGGUGCGCAGCUAUUUUGUGCGGCUCAACGUUGUGGUGCCAACAGCGACUAUCCUUGGUGGGCCUGACCUUCAUGUCGACAAAGGCAGUACCAUAAAUCUUACGUGCACUGUGAAAUUCAGCCCCGAGCCGCCGGCCUACAUUUUCUGGUAUCAUCAUGAUGAGGUCAUCAAUUAUGAUUCAUCACGCGGCGGUGUUUCGGUCAUUACCGAAAAAGGUGAUGUGACUACAUCAUUCCUACUUAUUCAAAAUGCCGACUUAGCCGAUUCGGGGAAAUAUUCCUGUGCACCAUCGAAUGCAGACGUAGCCAGCGUGCGGGUCCAUGUGCUCAACGGUGAGUACAAAAUGUAUACUACUUAA